ACAAGUGUUAGUGCGACAGUUUCCUCAUCUCUCUCUUGGUGUUCCAGAUUCAACAGCGAUUAUUCAACGAUUUCACAGCGAACAUCAAAGCGAUUUUUCAUAUAUUGUAUUCUACAGUUCCACGAAACAGCAAGAAAAAAUGCAGUGUGAGAGGAUGCAGGAACCAAGAUACAAGGAUGUUUACCUUGCCCCCUGGAGAAAAGGAUAAGGAGAGGAUGAUGCAGUGGGUGGAAGCAUGUGACAACCCAAUUUUGUCACUGCUUCCACCUGAAAAACUAAAAUACCGGGUAGUCUGCAGCAGCCACUUCGAGAGCAAAUAUAUUAUGACGAAGAAGCUGACAACGUCAGCAGUUCCAACACUGAACGUAUCAGGCAAACCUGACUGCACCGGGGGAGUGGACGAUAAGAGUGGCAUCGUGGGACAUGUGGAAUACACAGCACUUCCUGGACCAUCCAGAGAAAUCCAAUGCAACGACUUAGACAGACUAAGUCUAAAAGAAGAGAAGCCAUUGCAUAAUGGAGAUUGUGCUGUCCCUGGAAGAGAGCAUCAGCGAUCACAAGCCCAGAAAGGUAAUAUACUGAAGAUGCUCAGGGCACCGACGAGAUACUGUUAAAAACUGCCAGCCUUAUGGGAGUUCGCGGCGGCGAAAAAGGUCGACGUUUUCGUACGCCCUCUAGAAUACAUUGCGGCCGCAGUAAGAAACAGAACCAGAAUCAGUGAGUUUACCAACGACGAGGUUCGGUGCUGAACUGUAUCAUGAGACAUGAGAUGAUAUUUUAUCUGGUCAAUGCUAUUAUUAUUUCUUCGGUGAUUCGAGAUCAGUUCGUUUUACAAACCUUUCGGAGAUACUUUUUAAGACGUAAAAUUUUUUAAAGGAGGUAACUUAAUAACCCUCUUUAGUUCAUUGGAAAUUAUUUUUUUAAUAAAUGACGAACUCUAGUUCUAAGUUUAGGGUAUGUGU